GGGUUCUCUUUUCUUCUACGAGGUGCUUAAAGCCUCGUAGUAGAAUCAAGAAACCCUUUUCUUCACUAUUAAUAUUGUAAGUACACAUAGUUUGAGAAAUGGAGGUGCAUUCUUCUGUUGUGGCAAAGAGAUUAUGGAAUGUGAUGAGGGUAACCUUCUUCAUGAUAAGGAAGGGUCUUAUAUCAAAGAGGAAGAUGAUCAUGGACACGAACUUGAUGAUGAAGAAAGGGAACGUCAGAAAAUCUCUGAGCAAUCUCAUGUCAUCACAUCACCACCACCACCACCAGAAGAACAACAACCCUGUGAGUGUGACACGUGGUGGCUUAGGGGUGCAUUAUGAAUUCUCAUGCAGCAAUAGUCCAAACCCUGUUUUCUUCCACAUGCCAAAACGCAAGCACCAUUUCAACUUUCCCUGUAUCCAUGCCCCUGAAGUUGUCGAUGACGAACACCGUUUUUCGUUCGAGGUUGAAACUGAUGUGCCUAAGGGUGUGGUUACCCUGCCAAAAACCCCAGAUUACAUGUUCAACAUAUUUGUCCCUGGAGAGAAAAAGAGCCCUCUUCUCUCACCGUUUUCUGUGAGGGUGUCCAAUUAUUCUGCAUUGGAUGAAAGUGAAGAAACUGGAAACGAUCAUGUCGAUGAUCAGGCUGAGGAUUUUAUCAGAAGGUUCUACGAACAGCUUAGGUCGCAGAGUCCCGUGCAGUUCCUAGGUUACUAAGUGAUGUAAGGAAGAAACCGACACCAUGUAGUUGUAGUAAUAAUGACGCGUUGCACUUGUUGAGACCAUUUCAUGGGAUUUUGCUGUCCCAAAUUCUGCAUUUCGUUGUCUGUGUAAAUUGGUGUCGUGCUGUUUAUUACAUUACAUGAUCGUUUUUGGACAUUGAAUAUUUUUGUUCUCAUUCUGUACUUCAGUUGUUUCAUUUGUCACUAUAGAAACCUAAAUGAAAUGAAUUACUAUUUUGUCGUAA